AUGCUGCACAAGAAGCAGCAGCAGCAGCAGCAGCAGCAGCAGCUGCGCGCGCUGCAGCAGCAGCAGCAGCCCCUGCGGCAGCAGCAGCAGCAGCAACGGCAGCCAGCAGCAGCAGCAGCAGCAGCAGCAGAGGGGCGCCUCGUGGGGGCUUCUGCAGCAGCGUUUUCUGGAAGCUUGCAGCAGCAGCAGCAGCAGCAGCAGCAGCGCGGCGUGUGGGGUGCUGCGCCUGCCGCGGCUGCCGGUUGCCCGCAGCAGCAGCAGCAGCAGCAGCAGCAGCAGCAUCCCCAGCAGCAAAGCUCCGCUGCUGCAGCAGUUCCCGCCACCACCCCCUCCCCGG